GUCUGUUUACGUUUUUUUAAUUGAAAACUAUUAAUAUAAAAUGUAGUUGGAGUUAUUUUGGUUUUUCUAUGGAUGGCGAGCUGAAACUGCACAUUACAGAAUUAAAUUUUGCUGUGAAACUUAGGCGUGAUUUACCACUAUUAAGCAAACAGGUAAAGUUCCGCGAUGCUGCCUUUAGUGUACGGAAUAUUGGUGCUAGUAAUAGUAGCAGUGUCAUAUAUCAAAUGGAAGCAGACGUAUUGGCGAAGACUAGGAAUCACCCAAAUAGACCCGCCGUUUUUCUUCGGCAACUUUAAGGAAUCCAUCAAACAACGGAAAUCUUUUUUCAACAUCUACAUCGAGCUCUACAACGAGCUGAAGAGGAAAGGCGCGAAACAUGCUGGGCUGUAUUUUUUCUUUCGUCCCACUUGGACAGUCUUGGAUCCUGAACUGAUCAAAAACAUUCUGGUAAAAGAUUUCGAUUACUUCAUGAGUCACGGAACCUACGUUAACGAGGUACUCGAACCGCUAACGGGAAAUCUCUUCAAUCUCGAAGGACCGAAAUGGAGAAGUUUACGAUCAAAAUUAAGUCCAACAUUUACUUCGAGUCAGAUGAAAAUGAUGUUCCAAACGAUAGCUUCGUGUGCGCCCGAGCUGAGGGAAAUAAUGAACGAUCACGCCGAGAACGACAAAAUUGUCAACAUAAAGGAAGUUCUCUCGCGAUUCACAAUGGACGUAAUUGGAAACUGUGCUUUCGGAAUCGACUGCAACACCAUGAACAAUCCGAACAACGACUUCAGCUUGUACGGAAACCGGAUCUUCGAACGCAAUUCGUCAGUAAUCAUUCGCAGGGCAUUUUCGCAAAUUCUUCCCAAGUCAAUGAUAAAUGCGCUCGGAAUUAGGAUUGGCAAUCAAGAUGUGGCGAAAUUUUUCAUGGACAUGGUGAAGGAAAACGCUGCGCACAGGGAGAAAAACAACGUGUUCCGCAAAGAUUUUUUCCACUUGCUGCUUCAGUUGAAGAACAAAGGGCGUAUAACGGACGAAGAGACGGUGAUCAAUGGUACAAGGAACGAGUCCGCUUUGAAUAUCAAUGAAGUGGCUGCUCAAUGUUUCGUGUUUUUUGGGGCGGGCUUUGAAACCUCCUCCACCACGAUGGCGUUCGCCCUAUAUGAAAUUGCCAAUUCCGAGGAAAUUCAGGAAAAAGCCAGGAUGGAAAUUAUAGACGUGAUCAAAAAGAACGACAACCAGAUAACUUACGAAGGAAUAAUGCAAAUGUCUUAUUUGGAAAAAAUCGUUUUUGAGACACUAAGAAAAUAUCCACCAGCGCCUAUCAUACCGAGAAAAUGCACUAAAUCUUACAAAGUUCCAGACGGAAGCAAUGUAAUCAUACCCAAAGGCACCGCGGUUCAAAUUCCAGCCUGUGCCAUUCACAUGGAUCCAGAAUACUAUCCUGAACCGGAAAGGUUUGAUCCCGAGCGGUUUUCGGAGGAAAAAAAACAUUCUAGACCUGUAUGUAGUUGGCUCCCCUUUGGUGAUGGACCCAGGCAAUGUAUAGGACUAAGAUUUGGUGUACUGCAAACGAAGGUUGGUUUGGCAACGAUCCUGAAGGAUUUUAAGCUGAAGAUCAACGACAAAACCAUUACGCCAAUAGAAAUCGACUCCAAAUCACUUGUGACGUCCGCUAAGGGUGAAAUUAAAACGCGAUUACUUAAAGCAAAAAUGAGAUUCAAAAAUUUCAUGAAGUAUGAAGUUUUCUCAAAGAAAUCUCUUAUUGUGAGCACGACGAAUUUAAACAGAAAAAUUGGUAAAUCGAACAUUGAUUCUCUUGAUUUUAGGGAGUGUACUAAAACCAUACGAGAACAUUCAUUGUGUUUUGUCUCAUAUAUUUUAAUUUCAUAAAAAAUAUUAAAUAAGGUAUUUAUUAAUAUAAUGUUUACAUUCGUUUUGAUUUUCUUUUAAUUAUAUUAACUGACCAUUUCCAUUAAAUAUUGCUAUUUUGUAUAUUAUCAAAUAUAGAUGAUAAUACAUGAAUUUUCAAAGGACCAUAAAAAAAAGGUUGAGCAGAGUCAUUAAAUAUACACCUGCGAGGCCAUUUCAAAUCGUGUUUUCAACCAAUAAAACUUCGGAUAUUUCCAGGAUAUUGCUCACGUGUUUGGAAGCGGUCGGAUGCUUUCGAAGAUAUUAGCGACUGCUGGAAUUUUGACGUUUUUACCCAAAAACUAAAAGUAUAAAAGUAUAGUAUACAAUACGUUGAUAAACUUGUUGCAUAAUAUACAAUGUUUUACACUUUCUAUUAUAAAAUUCCCAAUUGUGGUCUACUCAAAUGGGCGGAAAGUGUCAUUUUAAGACUGCAAAUUACUUAAUCCACGGUCAAGAGCCCUUUCGGCCAUUUUCGGUACAUUAGUCAAGGGGUUAGAAGCGAACCAGAACUAAUCCAAGAUUAAUAAUCGUAAAAAGAACUAUAUUAUGCAAUAAUUUGAUAAAUUUUCUACUCGUUGCACGCUCGCUGCAAAUCAAACUCGUGACUAAUGGCGUUUAUCAAACUUGUUGUAUAAUAUACUGUCUCAGCACUCAUAAACAAAAUUAAGGAAUGCUCAAAUAUUUGGCUUUGAAAGCCUUAAAUUUUCUUCAAAAUUUCAUCAGGAUUCCUCCGCUGGAUAGAACACAAAAAAUAUACAAAAAAAAGUACAUUGUUUCAGGAUCCCACCUUGUAUGAAUUAUGUACGGAUGCCAAAAUUUAUAUAUUAUUAAUUGUUAAUCUUUUAUUAGGGACAAAAUCCAUAAUUAUUAAUGUUAUUUCUUUUCUUUUUACAGUAUUCCAGGAGAAAAAACAUAAAUAAUUAUGGAUUUUGUCCUUAAUAAAUAAAUAACAACUCUUAGAUUCGAUUACUAAUUUCAACCAUGUAAGCAUACAGAGUAAAUAUAGAUAAAAUUGAUGAAUCAAUUAAAGAUAAUAAAUUUAAAAAGUUGAAAUUAAUAGUUGCUCUUGAAAUCCAUUCUACAAUGGAUUUCAUUUCUAGUUAUUUCAGUUUUAAUAAAUGUAUUUAAUCUGCUUCUAAAUAAUGAAAUUGUUCUACUAUUAAGCAAUCCCAUUAUUUUAUUUGUGAAACUGUUGCAGAGAAAUAAAAAAAACACAUUUGUCCUAUUGUUUUAGAUACCUAGAUUUGGCAGUGCCUUGGUUCGUUUUGUGUCUGGUUGAGUGACGAUGUUCAUAAUUUCUAAUGGAAUUUUAUUGAAAAAGAUUUGGACUGCUAUUUUUUGGAAAUAGAGUUGUCGUGCAUCCAGCAUACCAGAUUCAUAAACAAAAUUUAUAAAUAAUUUCUGCGGAGUGUUCAUUCCCCCCAAAUAUUUGUUUGUCAACCCACCUCAUGCGAAAAUUGCAUAAUUUAAAUGAUAUUGAGUGAGCCCAUAGUACAAGGUUUUAAGCUGGUCUAACUCUAAAUUUUUUGUAAAAAAUCUGAAAAUUGUUAUAAGUGAUCUAAGUUUAUUUGUGAUAUAUUAGAAGUAGUGGUCCGAUCUCAAAUGACUAUCAACAAUUACUAUAAUAUACUUAAAUUAAUUACAAAAUUUUAUGUCGAGUUAACUAGAAAUUUAAGGCUAUCAUAUAAUGGUAAUUUAUUGCUAUAACAACUAAAAAACUAUCAACAAUUAAUC